AGUCCAGAGCACAGCAACGUCCUCCCCAAACGAAGGCAGUAAACGAGGACAUGCCCAUGAAGGGCUCUCGUGAGGAUGAAACGAGAUCGUGCACGGGACGCCCGGCUCUUGACAAGUUUGUCAUGCUAUUCACGGAUGACCUGGGCCAUAUUUCCCAGUGGAGUUCCAUCAUGGCUGGGAGUCUCGCAGGCAUGGUUUCCACCAUUGUGACAUACCCUACAGACCUCAUCAAAACCCGGUUGAUUGUGCAGAACAUGCUGCAACCAUCUUACAGAGGGAUCCUCCAUGCUUUUUCUACUGUUUAUCAACAGGAAGGGUUCCUAGCCCUGUAUCGAGGGGUUUCCCUUACUGUUCUAGGUGCUCUCCCCUUCUCCGCUGGCUCCCUUCUAGUUUACAUGAACCUGGAGAAACUCUGGAAUGGACCCCGAGAUCGGUUCUCUCCCCUCCAGAACUUUGCCAAUGUCUGCCUGGCCGCCGCCGUAACCCAGACGCUCUCCUAUCCUUUUGACACGGUGAAGAGAAAGAUGCAGGCUCAGAGCCCGCACCUUCCCCACCAUGGAGGAGUAGAUGUCCAUUUCUCAGGAGCAGUGGACUGCUUCCGGCAGACGGUCAAAGCCCAAGGGGUCCUGGCGCUCUGGAAUGGGCUGACAGCCAACUUGCUGAAGGUAGUCCCAUAUUUUGGAGUUAUGUUUGGCACCUUUGAAUUCUGCAAGAGAAUCUGUCUUUACCAAAAUGGUUACAUUGUGUCUCCUCUGAGCUAUAAAUUGACCCCGGGGGUGGAUCAGAGUUUGAAGCCCCAGGAAUUGCGAGAACUUAAAAAGUUCUUCAAAACUGGACAGCUAAAGUCUAAAAAACCAACUCUUUAAAACUGAAUGGCACAAGAAGUGCACUGACCGAAGGCGUGUUACAAUCGUAACAAAAAUGUCGCUCCAUAACCGUGCGCGCGUGGAGUGAUGAGAGGAUCCCCCCAUCUGCUGCUCUUGGAAAUGAGAAGAUUCAGCCACAUACCAGGUCCAAGCUCCAAACUGAUGUCCUGGUGAACACCUGCACCAUGGGAAAGCUUCCCAGCGCGACUGCUGGAUGGUGGCCUGCCGCCAGAUUUUAUAACAAAACUCAACAUUAAUGAAAAGUGCUAUUUACACUCCAUAGAUGUGCAACUUAGACGACGCCAAAGCAAGGGCAUCACUGUAGCCUCAGAGUGACAGGGAGUUGAAGUGGCCUAGCAAACAGCACAUCAGGAGCUCAGUCAUGGGGUUGCAGCUUGCACUGACCCACACCGGCCUCUCAUUGCUCCAUUCGACCCUAGUCUUCCUGACACACUUGUUCUUUUUUUUUUUAGAUUUUAUUUAUUUAUUUGAUAGAGAGAGACAGCCAGCGAGAGAGGGAACACAAGCAGGGGGAGUGGGAGAGGAAGAAGCAGGCUCCCAGUGGAGCAAGGAGCCUGAUGCGGGGCUCGAUCCCAGAACGCUGGGAUCACGCCUUGAGUGGAAGGCAGACGCUUAACGACUGAGCCACCCAGGCGCCCCAUCGACACACUUGUUCUGAAACUCCUAACGUUUGCUGACUUCCGAGUGCACACACCAGAGUAUAAAUUAUGCCUUAUCAGAAACCAAGUUAAAGGGACGCCUGGGUGGCUCAGUCAGUUAGGCAUCUGCCUCGGGCUCAGGUCGUGAUCCUGGGAUCUCAGGAUGGAGCCCCGAGCAGGGAGCCUGCUUCUCCCUCUGCCUCUGUGUGCUCUGUCUCUCUCUCUCUCUCAAAUAAGCAAAUAAAUCUUUUUUUUUAAAGAAACUAAAUUAAAACCUUUAACAUUCUAAAUUCAUCACCCUGUCGUAGUAGAACCAUCCUUCUUUUCUUAAAUGUGAAGCAUCUCAAGCAUAAGAACCUCAGGCACCUUCUCUCGGGAAGGCAGUUUGUGCCGUGACCACUUCAUUAAUGGCCUUCUUCCAAUUGAAGUCAUGUUCCGUUGAAGCGGCCUGAAUUCUCUGCCUUUUUAACUUGCUUUGCAAGCCUACCCGGAAAAUAAAAUAUCUAGACAACCGAAGUGAUUCUCACAAGAUGUCCCAGUUGCCUAGAAAAGGAUCAAAUAGAACAUUUGACACACAUAUCAAAAAGAAAAAUGGAACUGAACGAAGACACUUCAGGCUAAUCAUCUCUACUUGAUUUUUUUAAAAAAUCAAAUUUUGGAUUAUUCCCCUUGAGGACUCCAUGUCAAGUUUAUAUAACUGUACUUCCAAAUAGUGCCUAUCUAUGCAUUAAAAAGCAAUAAUAGUAAAUUGCUAAUUUACACACACACACACACACACACACACACACAGGCUUUCAGUAUGUUGAAAGUGUUUUUCCCUGUUAAAUUUAUUUUCCAAAGAAAAAUGUCGUUUGGUCAUUUGUUACUAAGGUGAGUUAUAGCAGAGGAAUAGCAGUUCAUACACACAGGAAGAUCUCAUCUGUAACCCAAUCUGUUAACAUUGGGAGGGUGACAAAUUCUUUACCCACAGUGAAUAGUCUAUUUAUUUACUCUUCAUUUUUCCCCAAGUGAACAAUUUUUUUUAAGUUCUGAAAUCUGCAAAAAAAAAUUUUUUUUUACUAGAUCUAAAAUCCUGACCUCAGGUUACUUACAUCAUGUUAAUAUCUUCUGUGUAUUCUGCCCAUAUUAUGAGAUGGACAGCCACACUCUUGCUAUUGUCACACACAGGAAUGCUUUCUGAGCUGUAGUUUUGAUGUUUUCAAUAAAGUUAAGUGGGGAAAAGGAAUGCCUCAUUUUUCUAAUUUCAGGACAACUCUUAAAACUCUAGUUUUUGGGGGCUCCUGGCUGGCUCAAAAAAUCUUUUUUUAAGAUUUUAUUUAUUUAUUUGACAGAGAGAGAGA